AUGGCGACUGACAGAGGUUGGCAAGAGGCUACGAAUAGAAGACGAAGGAAGACAGCGGCGAUAGGAAAUCAAAAAAGUUGGAAUCAUGCAGGGGUAACGACGCUGUUUGUAUCUAAUAUUCCUCAGGAGACCAGGAUUGAACCCUUAAAAAGUUUCUUCACCAAAUACGGGGAAGUGGUGGAUGUGUAUGUGGCUGCGAAGAAAGACGUAAACAAAAAGUCUUUUGCUUUUGUGCGAUUUAAAGCGACGGGAGAUGAACGGAGACUUGAGGAGUCCCUUCAAGGCUUAACUUUUAAAGAAAAAUCGUUGGAGAUCAACAUAGCAAGGUUUGCAAGAAAAUCGAUCGAUUCAAAAGGGGACAAGCUUACGAGGAAUCAGAACCAAUACAGAAGACCACAGGAACAUCGAUGGAGAGGUAGAGAUAACAGAUCCUUCGCUGAGGUGGUACGAGGUAGUAAUAAACUUGGGAGAACUACGGCCUACCAAACCCAAGCGGAACUUUUAUCUCCAAUUAAGAUCUCAGACGAUUCACCGCUUAAGGGAUGGUUGAGUAUCUAUGGGAAAGUCGGUGUCAUCACAAGCUCGUUAUCAUCCAUCUCAAGUGAGCCGACAGUAGAGAUUAAUGGAAAGACAAUUAAAAUCCGAGUUGACGAAGUCGAUCUUGACUGGACUCCAUUUAAGCAGCUUGAUCACUCAUUGGAGGAUACUUCCUCGUCAGACGAAGAUGAAAACGAAGUGGAUGACUUGGUCGGAUCGGACGAUGAAGAUCAUGUAUCGGAUACCCCUCCAAUACAGUAUGAAAAGGAAGAGUCUGAAGAGGGUGAGAUUAGAGAAGAGGAUGGAACGGAAAUAAAUUCUCACUUGCAUGUGGUCGGUAAGCAUAACAACUCGGAGAUGGGGCCGCCUCCGGCGAUCAUGGUACCGGACUGA